AAAAUUAAUAUGCCAAAAUGUAAAAUUACCAAAGAGGGAUAUGAUUGCUUUACACAGUUUCAUAUCCAUCACCCAACCACAGCAUAUCAAAGUGUGUGGGAGGGAGACGGGAUAAGGCAGCCAAUCUUUUAAUGCACAGCAACACCCUCUUUUCAGGAGUAUCUUAUGCAGAUGCAGAAUAUAAGUAUUCUUGUUUACCAAAUUUGAGUCCAGCAGUAUCAAAAGAGAAAUGCAUGUUUUGCCAGGUUAUGGAAUUUAAGAUGAACCUGAUAGGUUCAUUCUAUGGCUAUUCAGCGACCUUAUUGUUUGUGGGCCACUAUGAGUGGUGUACUACAAUCCCUCUAAAUCAAAAUCUAAAUUUCAAUCUCUUGUAAGCUUUAGCUUGAUAGUGGAAAGGGUGCUUUCUUUAGUGUUGUCUAGGAAUAGUUACACAGGGUCCAUGCUAUUUUGUGUUACAUGAGAAAUCCCUUGUGGUAGUGGACAAUUGCAUUAUGUCAUCAGCGUUCACAGCUAAUCCCAUGGCACAUUCAACUUGUGUUUUAGGUCAUGAGAAUUCCUUAAAAGCAACAACUCAGGAGAUUAGAGUAAAUAUGAGCAUGAUAACAGAGGCUGCUCAUGCUGGCCAAGGGAUUCAACCUUUAACACACAGAGAAGGUGCUCGUAUAGGAUUUCUUGGGAGAAAAUUAUGGUGCAGAUCUAGUUCAUCAACAGAAAAGAGUAUUCAGCUUCCAGAGGGAAAUUUGGUUGCACAUAAGUAUGGUAAAAAAUCCGUCCAACCUGAGCAUCAUAUCAAUAUUGAUGAGCUGUUAAAGUCUUUAAAAGGUGUGUGCAGUGAAGAAGAACUAUAUCAAUUGAUGGCAGAUUGGAAAGGGAAGUUGUCUUUGAGGCUAAUGGUGUUGGUACUGAAUCGAGAAAGAGACUGGCAGCGAGCACUUGCAUUACAUGAUUGGAUGAUUGAGAAGGGGAAUUACAGACCUUCUAUCUUUGCCUACAAUAUAGUUUUAAGAAAUAUAUUGAGAGCAGGGAAAUGGAGUCUAGGAGAAGGUCUUGUUGAUGAGAUGUGUGAGAGACAUGUUUCACCUGAUAAGUUCACAUACUCCACAUUGAUCAGCAAUUUUACUAGGGUAGGUAAGUUUGAUUCUGCCUUGAAGUGGCUACAACGGAUGGAGCAAGAAGGAAUUGCUGCUGAUCUCAUAACAUAUAGUACUCUUAUUGAGUUAGCUAGAAAGCAGAAGAACUACUUAAAAGCAGUCUCACUUUUCUCGAAAUUAAAGGCUGCGAAUCUUUGUCCUGAUCUAAUUCUAUACAAUACAAUGAUCAAAGUAUUUGGGAAGGCAAAAUUGUUCAGAGAAGCUAAGGAUCUUAUUCAGGAGAUGAAGGACCAUGAAAUUCCCCCAAAUACUGAGAGUUACCGCACACUUCUUAAUGCUUAUGCAGAAAAUGAAAAGUUUAUUGAAGCAGGGAAUGUUUUCUUUGAGAUGAAGUCUGCAGAAUGUGCUGCAGAUCUGACAACUUGCAAUAUCAUGAUUAAUGUGUUUGGACAGUUGGAUAUGGUAAAUGAGGCAGAAAAAGUCUUCCAGAGCAUGAAGUCAAUGGGCAUCCUUCCUAAUAUUGUAACUUAUAAUACCAUGCUGAAAGUGUAUGGAGAGGCAGAGCUUAUUAGAGAAGCAGUUCAUUUGUUCCAUCUCAUGCAGAGAAAUGAUAUAGAGCAGAAUAUCAUCACAUAUAAUACUAUGAUCAGCAUCCAUGCAAAAAUCCUUGAUGACGGGAAGGCUACAAAUCUUUUACUGGAGAUGCAGAAAAAGGGUAUAGAACCAAAUACAAUUACCUUUUCCACUAUAAUCCCCCUAUAUGGAAAGGUUGGGAAACAUGAAAAGGCUGCAUAUAUCUUUCAGAAGCUACAGUCAUCUGGAGUCCAGAUAGAUGAAAUUCUCUAUCAGUGCAUGAUUGUCGUAUAUGAGAAGGCAGGCCUAGUGAGCCAUGCAAAUCGCCUCCUUUUAGAGCUUAAACAGUGUAAUGAUGUCUCAAGAGAGACAGCUAUAACUAUCUUAGCAAAGGCUGGUAAAGUGGAAGAAGCAGGCUGGCUUUUUUGCAAAGAAUUUGAUGCUGGAGAAGUAAAAGAUAUAUCUGUUUUUGAGUUUCUGAUUGACCUUUUUGCAAGAAACAAGAACUAUUCUAAUGCUGUUGAUGUGUAUGAGAAAUUGAGACAGGUUGGGCUUUUGCCAGGUUCAAAAACUGUAGCGAUUCUAUUAGAUGCUUAUGGGAAGCUUCAACUUUUCCAAAAAGGAGAGGCCUUGUAUGAUGAACUGCAAGAAGAGGGUUGCAUUUUUGCACAGGAGGUGCAUUUUCAAAUGAUGAACCUCCACGCAGCUAGGGGCAAUUUAGAGGCAGCUGUGUCAUUGUUUGAAAAAUUAUUGCUGGAUGAGUCUAUUGGUAAAAAGGAUCUGUAUAUGACACUAUCCAGCCUUUAUAAAAGGUCAAACAGGCUUGAUGAUGAUUUUCGUCUUAGCAAACAAAUGGAAAUAAAGAAAUUGUGAUUGUCAAUGACAAAUUGACAUAUGCCUUGCAUUAUAAAGUUUGUUAUCAGCAAUUUGUGACAUUUGUUUUGAUUUCUCAUGCCGGUAUCGUUCAAGUGAUGAUGUGUAAAAUUGAUUAUUGUAUUA